AUGCGCACGAUCAUCGUCAAUCGAAUCUUUCCCUCCGGGCCUCCAAGGCUCCACUUUUCAUAUCAACUCCUCGUUAUCGAGAAUUCCAGCAAGAUGCCUCGGCCACCAAAGAAAAAAGCUAAAAAGAAUGCUGAAGUCGAUGAGGACUUUACAUUCAAGAACGCUCGAGAUUCAGUCCAACAAGCGGAAUCAUCCGACGCGGACGAUCUUAAGAACCUUGCUAGUAUCAUGAAAGUAAAACGGACCUCAAAAGCAGGUAAUCAAUCAUUCGAAAAUUUCGAAAGAAAAUGCAAUAAGCUUCUCGAAACUGCGACAAAGCAUAUCGAGCAAAAAAUAGAUGCUCAUGAAGAAAACAUAGCUCGACUUUAUGGCUCAGUAGAAGAGAUAAACGAAGAGGUCGAACCAACAGAAGACGAGGCUAGGUUUGAAAGGAUUAUUAAUAAAAACUUUGAUACUGAGAUCAGCUAUUUGUCGCGGGCGUUGACCGACAUGAAUGCGGAGAGAAGCGACGAAUUACAGAUAGAUUCAGAGCUCCUGGAACAGCUGAAUACGCGACCGGAACAAUUGGCCGAAUUUUCUCGGAGAAUGACUGCCGAAUGCAAGAGAGGAUUUCGGAUGUACUAUGAGAACAACAAGCUGGUUUCUGAUUCACGAAAAUUUAAAGAGAAGUACAGAAAUCUGAUGAAGGAAGCGUUAUGA